AUGGCUUUCCCCUUCCCACCGGGAUGGUCAAGGCCAAAAAUGAAACUCUACGAUGGGGACACCGACCCUACGGAACACAUCAACUUUUUCGUUGGAGCUAUGCAGUACGCAGGAGCCAGCGACCCGAUCUACUGCCGGUGCUUCCCGAUGAGCCUGGGAAAAGGACCGAUGAACUGGUUCCAGAACCUGCCUCGCGGCUCCUUGAACAACUGGGAUGAAGUGAUGACCUGCUUCCUCUCCCAGUACUCAUUGGCGAAGCGCAUACCAAAGUCCGAGGAGACUUUGGCGCUGAUAAAGCAAGGCCCGAAGGAGUCACUGAAGGUUUUUCUCAAUCGCUUCAACAAGGAGGCGGGAGACAUUCCUGACCUCCUUCCCCAGGUCCGCUUGGCCCUAGUACUGUCCCUCCGACCGGGCCCGUUCCUCACCCCUUUAGAUGGUAAGAAGGCAAAAACCAUCGAGGAAUUUCAGGCUCGCUCAGAGAAGUAUAUCAACAUGGAGGACGCUACCACCCUAAGGGCCUCAAACUAG